UCACAAGUACUGCUUCUUCUUCUUCAUCCCAUUUCAUCUGACCUCUGUCGCCGGCAAAAACAAAAUGUCGUCCGAUAACUCUAAGAACCUUCCCCUCCGGGAAAUCCCCGGCGGCUACGGAGUGCCGUUCUUCGGCCCGAUCGCCGACCGCUACGAUUUCUUCUACAACCAAGGCGCAGACGAGUUCUUCAGAAGCAGGAAGGAGAAGUAUAAAUCCAGUGUGUUCAGAUGCAACAUGCCACCCGGUCCGUUCAUAGCCAAAAACCCCCAGGUUGUGGUUCUGCUUGAUUCGGUUAGCUUCCCCAUCUUGUUCGACGUGUCUAGGGUGGAGAAGAGGGAUAUCUUCGAAGGUACAUACAUGGCGUCCACUAAAUUCACCGGCGGAUACCGUGUCCUCUCCUUCCUCGACCCCUCCGAGCCCAAACACGCCACUAUUAAGGGGCUGUUCAUUCAGACUCUCGCCAAAUUGCACGAUAGGUUCCUCCCGUUGUUUUCUAGUAUCUCGGAUGAUAUGUUCGCGCAAAUUGAGGAUGAGGUGGGUAAGACAGGGGAGUCUAAUUACAACGACAUUAACGACGUCAAGUCUUUCGAGUUCUUGUUUAGGUUAUACUGCAACGAUGUGAAGCCUUCGGAUACCAAACUGGGGACCGGGGCCGCUAAGUCCAUCACGACCUGGCUACUCCCGCAGAUCGCCCCCGUUACCUCAUUCGGGCUCAGUUGGCUCCCCGGUUUCAUCGAGGACCUGCUUAUGCACACGUUUCCCAUCCCGUUUUUCCUAGUCAAAUCCCAGUACAACAAGAUGUACGACGCGUUCAUCAACAACCUCGGACCCCUCCUCGACGACGCCGAGAAAGCCGGCCUCAAAAGAGACGAAGCCUGCCACAACUUCAUCUUCUUCGUCUGCUUCAACUCCUACGCCGCCUUCAAAUUCUUCCUCCCGGAGCUCAUGAAAUACAUCGGCUCCGCCGGGGAAGACCUCCACCGGAAGCUGGCGGAGGAGAUCCGCGCCGCGGUUGAGCUGGAAGGCGGGAAAAUCACGGUCAACGCCCUCAACAACAUGCCGUUGACCGAAUCCGCGAUCUGGGAAGCUCUCAGGAUCGAACCCCCAAUCCGGUACCAAUACGCAAAAGCCAAAGAGGACAUAACAAUCCAAAGCCACGACGCUUCGUAUCUCAUCAAGAAAGGAGAGACCAUUUUCGGGUUCCAGCCUUUCGCCACCAAAGAUCCCAACGUUUUCGAAAACCCGGAUACGUAUAUCCCGGAUAGAUUCGUGGGGGAAGGGAAGAAGCUGAUCGAGUACGUUUACUGGUCCAACGGGAGAGGGACUGAUAUCCCGACGGCGAACGACAAACAGUGCCUGGGUAGGAACAUGAUUAUUCUGCUUUCACGCCUGCACUUGGCGGAGUUUUUCCUCCGUUACGAUACAUUCACCGUUGAGGUUUCAAAGUACCUGUUCAGCUCCAUCAUUAAAUUCAAGUCCCUAACCAAAGCUUCUUCUUCAACAUGAAGUUAAAGCAAUAAUCAAACGGCGCGGGUAUUGUGACGUGGUGUUGGCCGGGGAGUGUUUUUGUUUCAACCUGUAUAAUUUUCUUUAAAUUAUAUUUCUAUGUGUGCUUUUUAAUUUUUAUGAUGAAUUAUAUUAUGCCCCUUUGAAUAAAACAAAAUAUAUUAAAUAUAUUACAUUUA